AGAGCCGCCUUCUUGAACACAGACGCCCAAACACCUCCUGACGUCUCUCAUUUCAAGUGUCACCGAAAAACUGUCAGAAGACUUGAGCCAUGCCCUGCGUCCAGGCUCAGUAUGGAUCAUCACCUCAAGGAGCUAGUCCUGCCUCCCAGAGCUACAGCUACCACACCGCAGGAGAAUACAGCUGCGACUUCUUAACACCCGAGUUUGUUAAGUUUAGCAUGGACUUGACCAAUACUGAGAUCACAGCCACCACUUCUCUCCCGAGUUUCAGUACAUUCAUGGACAACUAUACCACCAGUUACGACGUUAAACCGCCCUGUCUGUAUCAGAUGCCCCACUCUGGAGAGCAGUCCUCUAUCAAGGUGGAGGACGUCCAGAUGCAUAACUACCACCAGCAGAGCCACCUGCCACCUCAGUCAGAAGAAAUGAUGGCUCACUCUGGGCCUAUGUACUUCAAACCCUCCUCGCCUCAUGCCCCGAGUACGCCAAACUUCCAGGUUCAGCCUAAUCACAUGUGGGAGGACCCUGGCUCCCUCCACAGUUUUCACCAGAACUAUGUUGCGGCAACGUCUCAUAUGAUGGACCAGCGCAAGAAUCCGGUGUCCAGGCUUUCGCUCUUCUCCUUCAAGCAGUCCCCUCCCGGUACUCCUGUUUCCAGCUGUCAGAUGCGGUUCGACGGGCCGCUGCACGUCUCCAUGGGCCACGACAACCCGGGUGCGCACCGCGGCCUGGACGGCCAGAGUUUCGCGGUUCCUAGCGCUAUAAGGAAACAGGCUGGUCUGGCCUUUCCCCACUCCCUGCAGCUCGGCCACGGGCACCAGCUGGUGGACAGCCAAGUGCCAUCGCCCCCGUCCCGAGGAUCUCCGUCAAACGAGGGUCUGUGUGCGGUAUGUGGGGACAACGCAGCCUGCCAGCAUUAUGGAGUGAGAACCUGCGAGGGCUGCAAAGGAUUUUUCAAGCGCACCGUCCAGAAAAAUGCAAAAUACGUGUGUUUAGCAAAUAAAAACUGUCCUGUUGACAAACGCCGGAGAAAUCGUUGCCAGUUCUGCCGUUUCCAAAAGUGCCUUGUCGUCGGAAUGGUGAGAGAAGUUGUCCGAACGGAUAAUUUGAAAGGUCGAAGAGGACGCCUGCCAUCCAAACCUAAAAGCCCCCAGGAGCCCUCCCCUCCGUCGCCACCGGUGAGCCUCAUAAGCGCACUUGUUAGGGCCCAUGUGGACUCCAACCCCUCCAUGUCAGCUUUGGACUACUCCAGAUUCCAGGCUAACCCUGACUACCAAAUGGCUGGAGACAACACUCAGCACAUCCAGCAGUUCUAUGAUCUCCUGACGGGCUCCAUGGAGAUCAUCCGGGGCUGGGCGGAGAAGAUCCCUGGCUUUUCUGAUCUACCGAAGCAAGAUCAGGAUCUCCUCUUCGAAUCAGCCUUCCUUGAACUUUUUGUCCUGCGGCUGGCGUACAGGUCCAACCCGGUGGAAGGCAAACUUAUUUUUUGUAAUGGAGUGGUGUUACACCGGCUACAAUGCGUCCGUGGAUUUGGGGAGUGGGUGGAUGCGAUCGUGGAGUUUUCUUCCAACUUGCAGAGCAUGAACAUAGACAUCUCAGCUUUCUCCUGCAUCGCAGCGCUGGCCAUGGUAACAGAGCGACACGGGCUUAAGGAACCCAAGAGAGUCGAGGAUCUUCAAAACAAGAUAGUCAACUGCCUCAAAGAUCAAGUGACAUUCAAUGGCGGUGGAUUGAAUCGUCCAAACUACUUGUCAAAACUCUUGGGAAAGCUCCCUGAACUCCGCACACUAUGUACCCAAGGUCUGCAGCGUAUCUUUUACUUAAAACUAGAAGAUCUAGUCCCUCCGCCAGCAAUAAUUGACAAACUUUUCCUCGACACCCUACCUUUCUGA